AUGAUCACCUACGUGAUAUUUCUGUUCGGGUUGGCGCCCCCCUCCUUGGGUGUCAGCCAUGGUCAGAAGCCGGAUGUGCAUGCCAAGGAAGGGGGUGUGGUGGAGAUUGAGUGUAGACUGCCACCCACUGACACGGGUGCGUCUGUGUCCCUGCACGUUGUGGAAUGGGUGCGCCAGGGCGUCGAGAUCCCAGUCCUGAUCAAGUUUGGAGUGUAUGCUCCUCGGGUGCAUCCCAACUACGAGGGCCGUGUGUCUCUGGUCAGGAACACUGUUCUGAGAGUGAAGGGGCUCCUCAUGGAGGACCAGGGCCUGUACGAGUGUCUCAUUUUGGACCAAACCACAGACGAGACCCACAAUGGAACCUGGACACUACUGUCUGUAACUGCUCCUCCUAUUUUCACCAAGAACCCUCCCCCUGUCCUGGAGGCUCUAGUGGGGAAUUCUCUCUCUCUAGCUUGUGUUGCUCGUGGCAACCCACCACCCACUAUAACCUGGGCUAAAGAUGGUACUCUGAUUGGAGGAGACAAAUUUGAGCUGCUGAGUGGGAAGUUGUCUCUCAGAGCAGUGAGCACGGAGGCCGGAGGACGGUAUGAAUGUCUUGCCACCAACACAGAGGGCAAUGUGACUCAUGUUACAAAGCUGAAGGUGAAAGGUCCUCCAGUUAUUGUUAUCCCCCUGAAUAACACGGCCCUCAACAUGACCCAGAAUGCCUUGCUGCGGUGCCAGGCCGUGGCUGAUCCCCCCAACAUGACCUAUGUGUGGCAGAGGCAGGGAGAGAACGUCCAUCACAUAGAGCCUCUAAAGUCCCGGGUGAAGAUUAUGGUGGACGGCACCCUCCUCAUCACCCGCAUCACCCCAGACGAUUCUGGGAACUAUACCUGCAUGCCCAUCAAUGGGCUGUUAACUCCGCCUACUGCUUCCGCCAGUCUCACUGUGAGACACCCUGCCCAGGCUCUCCUGAUGCCUCAGCAGACGUAUCUCCCCACAGGCCUGGGGGGUCUGGUCUCCUGCCCUGUGAGAGCCCAGCCCCUCCUGCUCCGUGUUGAUUGGACCAAGGAUGGACAGCCACUGGAUCUGGCCAUGUACCCAGGAUGGACGCUGACGUCUGAAGGCUCGGUGUUCAUGGCAACUGUCAAUGAUGAUGCAACAGGGGUGUACAAGUGCACCCCCUACAACAGCUUCGGGACCAUGGGCCAAUCAGGGCCCACGACAGUCAUCCUACAGGACCCCCCGUCACUCAACGUGUCUCCCCGAAAGGAGUAUCGAGAGAAGGUGGGUAGGACACUUGUUAUCCCCUGCCAGACCACUGGAGAGCCAGCCCCUACUGUAACCUGGAGCAAGGUUGCACCUGCCACACUCUCUCAGUACUCUGUAGCAGCCAAUGGCUCCCUGCUGCUGCUUCCUCUCAGUAAAGACCACCAGGGGGUGUGGGAGUGCAGUGUUACCAACCGCGUGGGCACUGUCAAAUCCAGCACUCUCAUCUCAGCGCUGGGCACCAGUCCCCAUGCUGCCACCCUGGUGUCUGUGUUUCCAGGGGUCAAGCAGGCCAAUGUGUCCUGGGAACCAGGCUUUGAUGGGGGAUACCCCCAGAAAUUCACUGUCUGGUUGAAGCAGAUGUCUGUUGGUGACAGUGGGGAGAAACAGGAGUGGCUCUCUGUGCCCGUGCCCUCCUCCGCUGGCUCCAGUCUGCAGGUGACAGGGCUGGUCCCUGACACAGAGUACCAGUUCAGUGUCCUGCCACACAACAAAGUGGGCACUGGGCCUUUCAGUGAGAUCGCCACCAUCCGAACUCUGAAUACACUCCCAAGGAGAGCGAAACUAGAACCGCCCACAUCGCUGUCAGCCAAUCAGAGUUUGGCAGGUAUAGUCCUGCAAUGGUCUCCUGUGGCUCAGUUCCCGCCCAUCACUGGAUUUGUCCUCCAAUCUCGCGCAGAGCAAGGGGAGUGGUUCAAUCUAGACGAGGACAUCAGUGCCAAUAGAACUGUGAUGAUCGUUCCAGGUCUGCACAAGGACUCUGUGUACGAGCUGCGGCUGCUGUCCCGGCGAGGGGUGUUGCUGAGCGAGCCCAGUCCAUCAGUUAACGUCUCUAACAUGGGGAUGGAUAUGUACCCUGCCAGUUCCCGCCUCCUGGAGUUUGAACCCAAGCCGUUAUUGGCUGGAGUGAUGGGAGGAGUUGCCUUCCUGUGUUUGGCCCUCAUCCUGGUCCUAGGGACAGUGUGUAUCAUCAGUCACAAGAGAGACCAGCGACGCAGGAAGAGGAAAGAUGAUCUCCCUCCUGCCGUCUAUAAAAGCCCCCCCUCAACCGGGUCACUUGCUAGCAGUCCAGACAGUGUGCUGAAGCAGAAGCUCCUCCACUCCCACUAUCCUGGCUCCACCUCCCGCUCCUGCUCCUCCUCCCAGUCGGACCACUCCUCUUUCGACAGACCCAGCCGCAGUGAAUACCAUGACCAGUGCCAGCAGCUGCUCUCCUGCCCCCCACCACCUCCUCAUUACGCCCCCCACCUCCCCAGGACAGGCUCUUCUCCCACUUCCCCUCUAGAGUUCAUCUUCAGAGGCCCUGACGGUCUCUUCAUGAUGCAGCCCUAUGACCAGACCUCUGUCCACAUUUCCCACAACAUAAGAUCCAUGAGGAAAGACUUCCCACAAUCCACUGAGGUCCAGAGGUCAGUGUCCCCCUGUGUGAGGAGGGAGCCGCCAUUGGUCCUCUCAGUGGACCUACCCCCCUGUGGUGGAUCUAACCCCAACCCCACGACCAUGGUCCGUGCCAUGGCCAAACACCUUUCCCUCCAUGGACGAUUCUACCUGGAUGGGAAGAAAGACAGUUGUGCUGGACAUCCAGGCGAGAGUAGUCUCUACUCGGACAGUAACUCAGACAUGUACCCCCAGCCUAGCCUGGAGGAGAGCAAACCAGGAUACCUGUCACUAAAGCGGGCCUUCCAGCAUGCCAUCUCCAGCACCCUGAUGCUACAGAUGGAGCAUGAGAGGGAGACCGGCAACCUGAGCAGGUGUCUGAAGCUGGCCCGGGAGAGAGAGGAGCUGGAGAGAAAGCUACGGAAGUACACACUGGAGAGGAACGCUACUUUAUAUGGGAAGAGCAAGAGACCCGGCAUAGAUGAGGAGAGCUGGAGAGAGACUGAAGAAUGUGAUCCCAUAUGGAAACCUCAGGAAAGCACCUCCCUACAAAACCACCCCCAUCACUGUCAUCCUCAGGCCAACUGGGGGAGUUCUAGCAUGGCCAAAAGGCCUUCGUCCCCAUCUUAUAUUCACUGGGAGGCCAGCCCUCUCACCUCAGCCACCAGCCUGGUCGCAGCCCUUCACACCACCUCUGAGAGGACAGUGACCCUCCACUGUGACCCUCCAGUCACUCAAUGUCCCUCUCUGUCACCUGUCACACAACACCACCUCAGGGAUAAGAGAUUAGAGGGUCACUCUAAGAGGAGGGUGAGUCACCAGCCACUAGAGAGGCAAGAAGGGAAAGAAGCUGCGAGUUUCAAGACACACACAGGGCUUUGUGAUACUACUCACAUGUCAACAGAGUUGAAGGGAGAUGACUCAGAGUCACAUGAAUGGAACAGCAAGAGCAAUCAAUGCCAUUCCAAUGGCAGAAUUUCACACAAGUCUAAGCCAGAUGUCUCUGUCAACAAAGUGCAUGGUGUAUGGAAAGUGGCGUUAACAAAGUCACAGCCAUUUGAAAAGCAAUCUCAACACACAGUGUUGGAUCUCUCAGACUGUUUAGAGAUGAGUGUGGAUGAACCAGAAGGCUCAGUUGAUCCUCCUACAAAUCCCAUAAAGCUCCAGAGCCUAUUGGCAGAGAAAGGCCACAGAGGACCGCAAACCACAAAAAAAGGCCGCAGAGGCCAUCCAUUGGACCACAAAAAGAGCCCAGUACCUAGAGAGGAGCGGGAGAAGUGGCACAGGAGAUCACCUCGGGGCAGAAGCCCAACUACCAUUCAGCCUCCCAGGCCGGUGCUCAGGAAGGCCCUCAGUCUAGGAGGCUCUCAGAACGGGGACGGCCGCCACCACCAGCGCAGCCACAGUCUAGAUUCCAGGAGACAAUCCCAGGGUAACUUCCUGACGCCUGACGCCUGGGUCGACUCUCUCAGCCAUGAAAACUGUUCCUCUCCUUGAGUGCCAGACUCAGGGAGGAGCUACAGUAGCUAUGCCAGCCAGAGGAGUGGCAGGGGGAGUCUGGAGCCUCCCAAUGGGUGCCUGUCCAUCUGCCUGUCCCCAACCCUCACCAGCUCUCCUGAGACCAUCGAGGAGAUACAGGGGAACACAAAGGAGACACUCCUACAGGACAUGGAGGCAUUGAAAAGGAGAAAGGCCUCAGUGGAUAAGAAUUAUGAGUGGGACUCAACUGAUGUGUCCAUUCAGCCAGGAGAUCAAGACCUUGAAGGCACAAUGAGUCUACUGAAGUCUACUCCCAGCAUGCACCAUUCCAGGAAGGGCCUCAAAGAGUCAGUCCAAUUCCAGGGUCAUCACCAUGAGACCAGCCGCUACUCAGACCCCGAGCCAGAGACUGUGCUGUUCUGACAAUCCCAUCUAUACCUAAGGU